AUGCAGGGCGGCAGGUCGCUUGUGUCCAGGCAAGCUCAGAGUCAGUGGCUGCCCGGGCAGGCAGCCUGCUUCUCUGGGCUGAGGGCUGCUGCUCUGCUGGGAGUGACUGAUGAGCCAUGUCUUGCUGCAGCAAUGUGGCACGGCAUGCUUGUAGGAUUUUCGAAUGCAUCUCUGGGAGGAAAACUGUGGUCUUAUGUCAGUAAGUUCUUAAACAGAAGUCCUGAAGAGAGCUUUGAAAUUCCUGAACCCAGAAUAUCUGUUUCAACUAAAAUUUACCUGGAGCAGCCAACACCUAGUCCUAAAGAAAUGGGUAGCAGCACUGAUUCCAGAGAAAGCUAUGGGGAGAGCACACUGCAGGUGGUCCCACUGAAGAGCAGCCUAACGCCGAGCUCUCAGGAUGACAGCAGCAACCAGGAAGAUGGCCAAGAGAGUUCAAAGUGGAUGGACUCAGGAUCCAGCUCAGAAGAAGAGUGCACUACUAGUUAUUUAACAUUAUGCAAUGAAUAUGGGCAAGAAAAAAUUGAUUCUGGCUCUCUAAAUGAGGAACCAGUGGUUAAAUUGGAGAGCGAAGGUUUAAAUACCAAAGAAAGAAGUUACUUACAGAAAUGCAGUGUCGUUGGCAGUGAUAGCUUCUCUUCUCAGAUUGCAUCUCAGGAACAAAAGCUUUUCAUUGAUGAUGCUGAGUUGGAAGUAGCUAGCCCUACUAGGAUAUUGGACUCAUUAACUAAAUCAAAGAACAGCCCCAUGGAACUCUUCAGGAUAGACAGCAAAGAUAGCACUAGUGAGCUCCUCGGGCUUGAUUUUGGAGAAAAAUUAUAUAACCUGAAAUCAGAGCCUUUGAAGCCACUGUUUUCUGUCCCAGAUCAUGACAGAAGCUUGGAUGCCCUAGAGAGCAAAAUGAGUGUGAGAGCUCAUGACACUGUAAGCAGGGGUUCAAAUGACUCUGUGCCAGUUAUCUCCUUUAAGGAUGCUGCUUUUGAUGAUGUAAAUAGCGUUGAUGAAGGAAGGCCUGAUCUCCUAAUAAACUUACCCGGUAUGUCUGAUGAAACAGAAGAGGCAGCAGUGUCAAGGCCAACAAAGUUUACAAAACCCGAUAGGGACAUGUUGGAAGUAAAGUUCCUAGAAACACCUGAUGUCUUACAGUUAAAUAAUUCUGCAGAGCCAUGCAAAGCAUUUGAUCGAGAGCCAAAUCAUGUGGCACCAGAAGUCAGUGAUCCUUCCUGCAAGGAAGCAAAUGGACAAAGCGGUGUCACUCAGGGAGCUCUUGGGACCCUCUUUACAUCUGAUCAAGAGGUAGGUAGUUCAGAAGACGGGGCUCUGUUUCAAGGGCUUGGAGCCUGCUCGUUAAACAUGACAAGCAAAGAAGGAAGUUUGUUUAUUUCCAGCCCGCUCUCAGGUGCUCAAGAUGUUAGCUUGGAUGGAGACAUGUUAAGAAAUGAAGCAGUGUUGCUGUUUUCUGAUCAAACUGAAGACUUUGGGAAAGAGGAAGCAGACUCAGCUUUGUUACCAGCAGCUGAAAGUAAAAAGACAGCACCAAAGAUGGAAGACAAAAUAGCAGUAGCAGGGGAGAAGGAAGUACAUCAAAUUUUUCAGGACCUCGACGAAAGAUUAGCAAUAACCUCCAGGUUUUAUAUCCCAGAGGAUUGCAUUCAAAGAUGGGCAGCUGAAAUGGUUGUAGCCCUUGAUGCUUUACAUAGAGAAGGAAUUGUGUGCCGCGAUUUGAACCCAAACAACAUCUUAUUGAAUGAUAGAGGACACAUUCAGCUAACGUAUUUUAGCAGGUGGAGGGAGGUUGAAGAUUCCUGUGACAACGAUGCCAUAGAGAGAAUGUACUGUGCCCCAGAGGUUGGCGCUAUCCUAGAAGAGACAGAAGCCUGCGACUGGUGGAGUCUGGGUGCCAUUCUUUUUGAGCUCCUCACCGGGAAGACUCUGGUUGAGUGCCAUCCAUCAGGAAUAAACACUCACACUUCUUUGAGUAUACCAGACCAUGUAUCAAAGGAGGCCAGAUCACUGAUUCAGCAGCUUUUGCAGUUUAAUCCUGCGGAGCGUCUUGGUGCUGGCGUUGCUGGUGUUGAAGACAUCAAAUCUCAUCCAUUUUUUGCCCUUAUAGAAUGGGCAGAACUGCUGAGAUGAGAGAUGCGUGCCCUCUGAACAAACUCAGGUCAAGUGGACAAGUUUCUCUGGCACAGAAGCACCCUGACUUGCUUCCUUUGGAUGUCCCAAACCAUUUGGAUGUGAUGACUAAAGGAUACCAGAGCAAUUAGGCCAAAAGUGAACACUUUUAAUAGGAAUCACUGGUUGUACAGGGUGCUAGGUUAUUUUUACGGCACCUGGUUGCUAUGUGUGUGUAAGUCUUUUCACCAAAGGGUGAUUUCUGAUGAAACUGCUGGGCAGCAUGUUUAGCACUGCCAGCUUGUUGACUGAGUAGAAACAGGAAUGUGCUCCUGGUGCUUUGUCUGAUGAUGGAAGUGUCUAUAGACUGUGCCAGUUCAAAGUAUCUUUUACAGUGUCAAUAGACCAUUUCCCUAUGCUAAGUGCAGCUCUAGGGGGGUGGGGGGUGGAAGGAGCAAAUAAUUUAUUAAUGGUAUAUGCUGAAUAAAAUACUAAAAUGCUUUAUGCAAAAGUUGACACGUUAAAAAUAAUAUAUCCAUUAAAAAUUAAGAAAGCUGUUGCUUAAUACUGUGGAAUGUGUCUUGAAAAUGGCAUAUCAUUUCCCACUGUGGAAAGAGCAUAU